AUGAAUUUAUUCUCUUUUCCUACCUUGAAUUUUUCAUUGCACAUUUUUAUCAACGCGCUCAGCUGUUGCCAAGCAAAUUUUGUAGCUAGCAAACUUUCGCCAAGCAACGGCAUAUUAAUAACGAACGUACAGGUAAAUAGACAUCUCAUUCCUGGAAAGAGAAUCCCACAAGUUGAGAGAAGUUUGGUAGGAUUCCCCCCCUACAAAGGGAUUAGAAGCAGGAGGAAAUGUUUCCAUUACCUGAGAAUACAUGCCAUAGAGAGGCAAUCCCAAUUUGGCAAAAAAUUCAGCCCAGUGGUACCUUUAAAAAGGAGAAAUUUUCCAAAUGUGCGCAACUUACAGGUUAGGGGGGAGAAGGACAUGCACAAUGGUGAUGGGGUGAGCAGCGGCACGGAUAGAAGGAGUGGUAAAAAUGGCCUUCAGAGAAACGAUGGGACUAAAGAAAAGAUGAAUGGUAACGAGAAGGAAUGCCUGAUAGACCAAGAAUUGAUAAAAAAUAUAAAAGAAAACAAAAAUGGAGAUGAUGCUAGUACCCCGUCGAGUGAAACAGAAAAGGAGAAUUUCAAUUUCUUGGAGCAUUUCACUUCCGAAGAUGACAACUCCUUAGUUAGUAAUUUAAAACCAGAAGAAAGCAAAGAACUUAUCGAUAGCGAUUAUUUUAAAAAGAUGAUGGACGAGUUGAACUUAAAAGAGGAAGAAAUUAUGAAGCUGCUUAAGAGAAGCGAAAAGAAUGUUUCCAACUUGAUUAAUAAAAAUUUAUCUCUGGAGCAGAUUGAAAAAAAUGCGAAAAAUGAAGAGGCACAAAAUGAACAGCUCUUUGAUACCUACAUGAACAGCAACAGCUCCAAAGUUGGGAACUUUAUUAACUUUAAAAAAAUUGGGAAAAAAUAUAAAGACGUUAUUUCCCAUGUUAUAGCCAUUUUUCUGAGCAAAGGAAAAAAAUUUACCGAAAUGGUCAAACUGAUAGAAGAAGACAAGAACGAAAUUGAUAGGUGUACUUCCCUUUUGGAAGGAGAUGUCCUUUUCAACAAUUUAAGUAAAAAUGUCAUAACCGAAAUUGUUAAGAAGUCCGUUUUACUGGGACACUUGAAUGAGAAGUUUUCAAACGACGCAGAGAAUUUUGAGUGGAGCAAAGAAAUCGAAAGCUGCAUUAUGCAGUCAGUAUGUAAUCAGAAUUUUAAAAUAAAACUGAUUACCUACUCGAAUAAUAGCAUUAGUGUGACUUUGGUCAGCUCAAAAAGUGUGCAUAUAGAUUCGGAGGAGUACGACGAGAUUGAGGGUUCCAUAAAGAAUGCACUGGAGGAGUAUGAAGGGGCUAAUGGCCUAGACAUUUUCUCCUCCUUCAACAUCCUCGUGCACUUUAAUUGA